CGGAGCCCGCAGCGCAGGCUCGUACUGCGGCCGCGCGCGGGGCGGGGCCACGGGGAAGCCCCCGGGAAGCUCCAGGCCCCGGGCGGGCGCAGCGGGGCGCAGCCAUGGGCGGUGUUAGGGCGCCGCUGCCCACCCUCCGCUGGGAGCAGAUCCGCGCGCACGACCUGCCGGGCGACAAGUGGCUGGUCAUCGAGCGCCGCGUCUACGAUAUCAGCCGCUGGGCGCAGCGCCACCCGGGGGGCAGCCGCCUUAUCGGCCACCACGGCGCCGAGGACGCCACGGAUGCCUUCCACGCCUUCCACCAGGACCUCAGUUAUGUUCGCAAGUUCCUGUACCCCUUGCUGAUUGGGGAGCUGGCCCCCGAGGAGCCCAGUCAAGAUGCGGCCCAGAACGUCCAGCUGAUGGAGGACUUCCGAGCCCUGCGCCGGGCGGCUGAGGACAUGAAGCUGUUUGAGGCCAGGCCCACCUUCUUCGUGCUCCUGCUGGGCCACAUCCUGGUCAUGGAGGCGCUCGCCUGGCUCCUCAUCUACCUCUUCGGCCCCGGCUGGGUGCCCAGCACCCUUGCUGCCCUCAUCCUGGCCAUCUCCCAGGUGACCCAGCACUGUCCCUCAGCCCCCUAGACAGCACCACUCAUA